UCUCUGCCACUCAGAGCCCUGUAGCUGCCGGAAGCAGUUCCGCAGUGGCUGCCGGGAUCGUGGUGAUGUGGCCCCCCCGCUUCCCCCCUCCCCACCCCGGGAUGUCGGAAGAAACCAGGCAGAGCAAAUUGGCUGCGGCCAAGAAAAAGUUGAGAGAGUAUCAGCAGAAGAACAGCCCUGGUGUUCCUGCAGGAGCAAAGAAGAAAAAAAAGAUUAAAAAUGGCAGUAGCCCUGAGAAAACCACCACCAGUGAUUGUCAGUCACCAGAGGAUAUUCAGGACAUUCUGAAGGUGUUGGUGUCCGACCUUAACCGUUCCAAUGGGGUCUCACUCCCCCCAUUAGACAAGAGGAAGGCGCCCACAGACUGUGCUGCUCCUGCACCGCCAACUGCUGAUGAUGACACUAUGUUUCUUGGUGUUGUCCCUUCCCCUGAUGCUGACCUCACUAGCAUGGCAUCACCUCAGAGCCACGAUGCUGGCAAUUGUUCUAACCUCAUGGAGGAGACCAAGACUUUCUCAUCAACUGAGAGUCUGCGACAACUUUCUCAACAGCUCAACGGGCUUGUGUCUGAGACUACAUCCUACAUCAAUGGGGAGGGCCUCGUGUCUUCCAACAUGAAGGAACUGGAGAGCCGGUACCAAGAGCUAGCCGGAGCCCUGGACUCCAGCUAUGUAACAAACAAACAACUCAGUAGCACGAUAGAGGAAUUGAAACAACAGAACCAAGAUACUCUGGAUCAACUGGAAAAAGAGAAGAAGGAUUAUCAGCAGAAGCUGGCAAAGGAGCAGGGAGCUCUCAGGGAACAACUGCAGGUUCACAUUCAGACCAUAGGCAUCCUGGUGUCUGAGAAGGCAGAAUUACAGACCGCCCUGGCCCACACACAGCAAGCAGCCAGGCAGAAAGCAGGAGAAUCAGAGGAUCUCGCCAACCGUCUACAGUCUUCCCGACAGCGUGUGGGAGAGCUAGAGCGGACAUUGUCUACUGUGUCAACGCAACAGAAACAAGCAGACAGGUACAACAAAGACCUAACCAAAGAGCGAGAUGCCCUCAAGCUGGAGUUGUACAAGAACAACAAAAAUAACGAAGAUCUGAGGCAGCAGAACUCAGAACUGGAAGAGAAACUUAGAAUCUUGGUGGCGGAAAAAGCAGCUGCACAGUUGGGGGUGGAGGAGCUGCAGAAGAAGCUGGAAAUGUCGGAGCUGCUGCUGCAACAGUUCUCUAGCCAGUCUGAGGCCUCCGAUAGUAACCAGCAGCUACAACAUGCCAUGGAGGAGCGGGCUCAGCUAGAGACCCACGUAGGCCAGCUGAUGGAGUCGCUGAAACAGCUCCAGAUGGAGAGAGACCAGUAUGCAGAGACCCUGAAAGGAGAGAGUGCCAUGUGGCAGCAGAGGGUGCAGCAGAUGGCAGAGCAGGUGCACACACUGAAGGAAGAGAAGGAACACAGAGAAAGUCAGGUACAGGAGCUGGAGACCAGCUUGGCGGAACUCAGGAGUCAGAUGGAGGAGCCACCACCCCCACAGCCUCCAGCUGGGCCCUCCGAGGUGGAAGAGCGGCUGCAGGGAGAGGUUGAGCAGCUGCAGAAGGAACUGGAGAAGCUGACGGGACAACUGAGGGCCCAGGUACAGGACAAUGAGAGCCUGAGCCUCCUGAACCAGGAGCAGGAGGAGCGGCUGCUGGAGCUGGAGCGGGCCGCAGAGCGCUGGAGUGAGCAGGCGGAGGAGCGCAAGCAGAUCCUGGAGAGCAUGCAGAGUGACCGCACCACCAUCAGCAGAGCGCUGUCACAGAACCGCGAGCUAAAGGAGCAGUUGGCUGAGCUGCAGAACGGCUUUGUCAGGCUGACCAACGAGAACAUGGAGAUUACCAGUGCGCUGCAGUCAGAGCAGCAUGUCAAGAAAGAGCUGGCCAAGAAGUUGGGCGAGCUGCAGGAGAGGCUGGGAGAGCUAAAAGAGACAGUGGAGCUGAAGAGCCAAGAAGCACAGGGUCUGCAGGAGCAGCGAGACCAGUGUCUGUCCCACCUGCAGCAGUAUGCCGCCGCCUACCAACAGCACUUGGCUGCCUAUGAGCAGCUGACCUCCGAGAAGGAGGCACUGCACAAGCAGCUUCUACUGCAGACACAGCUCAUGGACCAGCUGCAGCAUGAGGAAGUACAGGGCAAGAUGGCCGCUGAAAUUGCCCGCCAGGAGUUGCAAAAGACCCAGGAGCGCCUGGAAGCCACCAGCCAGGAGAACCAGCAGCUCCAGGCCCAGCUGAGCCUCUUGGCUCUCCCUGGGGAAGGAGAUGUGGAGGAGGAGGAGGAGGAGGAGGCUUCUCGGCCUAGUCUGACUAUCCCAGAAGACCUAGACAGUAAAGAGGCCAUGGUGGCGUUCUUUAACACAGCUAUAGCCAGUGCUGAGGAGAAGCAGGCCCAACUACGCAUGCAGUUGAAAGAGCAAAAGGCACGUUGCCGGAGCUUGGCUCACCUGGCAGCCCCAGUCCAAAGUAAGCUCGAAAAGGCGGCAGUGGUUCCCAGGAGUGUGAGUGACUCUGUGUCUGAGGAGAGCAACCAGGCCCUACAUGUAGCCAUGGAAAAGCUGCAGAGUCGCUUCUUGGAGGUCAUGCAGGAGAAAGUAGAGCUCAAGGAGAGGGUAGAAGAACUUGAACAUUGCUGCAUCCAGCUUUCUGGAGAGACGGACACCAUUGGAGAGUACAUUGCUCUCUACCAAAACCAGAGGGCAGUGCUAAAGGCUCGGCACUUGGAGAAGGAGGAAUACAUUAACAGGCUAGCCCAGGACAAGGAGGAGAUGAAGGUAAAGCUGCUAGAGUUACAGGAGCUGGUGUUGAGGCUUGUGAACGAGCGCAAUGAUUGGCAGAGCAAAUUCCUGGCAGUCUCUAAGAACCCUGCUGAUGUGCCCACCCUAGUGCCCACGGGCUCCCAGGAAUUUGGAGCUGCUGAGCAGCAGGGUGACCUUAGGGAGGUGAGCCUGGCUGACAGUAUAGAGACUACACAAGGAGAUGCUGGGGCGCCUGCUCCCCCUGAGAACCAUACUGCACAGCAGAUCAUGCAGCUGCUGCGUGAGAUCCAGAAUCCCCAGGAGCGUCCAGGCCUGGGCAGCAACCCUUGCAUCCCCUUUUUCUACCGUGCUGAUGAGAAUGACGAAGUGAAAAUCAUGGUUGUCUAAAAGACUGGCAGCCAAAGCCUCACCAUGGGCAGCCAAAGGUUCUGCCCCAACCCACCCUUCUCGGUCACCCUUAUCCUUAUAAUAAUAAGGUCAUAUCCACCCCCUCCAGGGGCUGAGGAAGUA